UAACAAGGAAAUCUCAACCACAUUCUUUCCUACUCUAAAAGCAAUUUAUGGAAAAAAAAAAGGUACAUAUAUGUAUAUACAUUAUCUUUCUGUUAUUGUAAUCUGAUGGUGGAAUAAAAAGAAGGUUGCUAGCUACUUAGAUAAAAGCUUUGCUGAUGUCCCCCAUUACCCCUUAUAAAACAUACUUAGCUUAGCUUCAUCUCCCUAUCUAGCUAGCUAGCUUCCUCGCUAAGUAAAUAUAUAUACUCAUCACGUACUCGGUCCCUUGUACUACUUAAUUAGUUGCAUAUAAUUAAUUAGUAGAAGAAGAAUGAACCCGAUACAUAUAGAUUUGGGGCCGGCGGUGGUAGCAGUGGCUAUGUUCAUACUAUUGUCACCGGGGUUGCUAUUCCAGAUGCCAGCACGGACCAGGGUGAUAGAGUUUGGAAACAUGUACACAAGUGCCAUAUCCAUUCUUAUCCAUGCGGUUCUGUAUUUUGCCAUUUAUACCAUCUUGGUUGUAACUUUCGGUAUUCACAUACAUACUUAAAUUGACCAUCAUUAUUAUUCA